AAGUGGUUGACGAGAGUGCCAGAUUGAUUCGUGUCAGAACGAUAUGCUAGCUACGCCGUACGAUGCUGUCCCUCGUCGCUAUUUACCUAAGAGACACGUGUGACCCCUCAAGCACACCAACGCCCUAAAAGCUCGCGAUAUGCAGAUCGACAACAUCACAUGCCAAGACGCAUCAUCUGCAUCCAAUCAAGCAAGUGCAAGCCUCGACAAGCUACAGCAACGUCUUAUUACUGGAGUAGAAACCUUUGAGCGUCGUUUUGCGAGAAGGAAAGAACGGCGUGUAGCACGGCAAGCAGGCCAUCGCCCCUCACUCCCAAAGUUCUGCAUGUUGUUCCUGCCUGGUUUCAUGCCCGUUUCCACGUGGCUUACGAUACUGCCGAGUUGUUUUGCAAUCCGUGUAAAAUGGACGAGGAUGCCGAAUUCAUGGGCCCUGGAGACGCUCUGUUAUCUCGCUCAACUUCAAACAUCACAGAGCUAGCUAUUCAUCGCGAAUCCAACAUGACGCGGUUGGGUACUUUUCGAGCCUACUGGCUUGGCUGUGUUGUAUGUAUGGGCGGCUUUCUGUUUGGUUACGAUUCGGGAAUCAUCGGUGGAGUCCUCACCCUUGCAUCAUUCGAAAAUGACUUUGACUAUACAAAGAAAGAAGCGACGCGAAAUAGCUCACUGGCUGUCGGUCUCCAGCAACUGGGUGCUUUCCUCGCAUGCUUUGCCAUCUGGCCGGUCACUCAUCGAUUCGGUCGUAAAUGGGCGUUAGUCUUAUGCUCGACUAUCUUCAUCAUCGGAGCUAUUAUCCAGACGAUCAACACGCACUCCUUCAGCGCUUUCUUGGCUGCUCGAUUCAUCGCUGGUAUAGGUCUAGGAGGAAGCAGUGUUGUAGUUCCUAUGUUCUCGAGUGAGAUGGCUCCCAAGCAAUUACGUGGACAGAUUGGUAGCUUCUACCAGCUCUUCUACACGCUUGGUAUCUUCACCAGCUACUGGAUCGACUACGGUGUCGGCGAGAACAUCUCGACUAGCGAAGCCAAACAAUGGCAGAUUCCUAUUGGUAUACAAAUCCUGCCUGCCGCUCUACUUGGUCUUGGAAUAUUCACCCUGAAAGAAUCAGUCCGCUGGUUGACUCUCAAGGGCCGUCACAAGGAAGCAUGGGAGUCUCUGCAGUGGAUCAGAGCCGACAGCGGACCGGAUGCCGAACUAGAGAUGGACGAAAUUCGCCUCGGCAUUGAAACGGAAUUGCGCGAGAAAGAAGGCUUCCAGCUGAAGGAACUCUACACCCAGCCCGACAAUCUGAAGCGUACCGUUACUGCUGCUGUAGUUUUCAUCGCCCAGCAAUCCACCGGAGCGACUGCCUUUGCAACCUACGGUCCACAGUACUUCAAGCUUUUGGUCGGGAGCAAAGGCAACAAUGAUCUCUUACUCACAGCCAUCUUCGGCGCUAUCAAAGUAGCCGCCUGUCUGACUUUCGUCCUCUUCGUCGCCGAGCGAGUCAACCGCAAGAUCGUCCUCACUCUCGGAGCACUCUUUAUGGCCGCCUGUCAGAUUUCUACUGCUGCCGUCGUGAGGUCCAAGCCACCAUCUGGAGAUGCCACAGUCACGAGCUCUGGUAUCGCCACAGUAGCGCUGAUCUACCUCUUUGUCAUUGCUUACAACUUUUCCUGGGGCCCACUACCUUGGCCAUAUAUUUCAGAAACAUUCCCCACUCGCAUCAGAGAGCCAGGCAUUGGUAUAGCCGUAUCCUCCCAAUGGCUCUGGAACUUUGUCUACUCUGUCAGCACACCUUACAUGAUCAAGAAUAUGGGCUGGGGCACAUUUCUAUUCUGGGGUAUUGCUGACCUUGUUAUUGCUGGCGGAGCAUGGUUCUUCUUGGAUGAAACCAGAGGUCGUAGUCUAGAAGACAUUACGCGCACUACAGACAGAGUCAAGAGCUUUGGCGAGGACUCUCGUGAUGAAGGAGAUGAGACCAGUAACACUGGUAAAGGACCUAAUGUUGAGAUCCGAUAGUUCCUCGCGACUGUUUAUUGAUAACUUAUGAAUACGCGAUAUUCUGAUUCCGCUUCACCACGCGCCAAAGUCUGUUCUCCAUGGACACAAAACUAUAGUGCAGUGUCUUGAAUCUCAAAGUUCUCUCUCAUAUACGCAUCCGCAACUUGCAAUUAUGCCUUUCGUGUCAAUGGGUUGAGUGUCAGAAGACACUAUCAGUGCCUUUACGGGCCCAGAUCAGGUCCAUGACCAAAGUCUCUUCUUCUGCGCAUCUCCUCACAGCUCUCGUUUUC